UGCGCGUGCUGUGCGCGUGCUCCAUAAGCUAGUUAGCUUGAUAUAACAUUGGUAAAUAUGAAUUGUGUCAUUGUCGGGAGCGGUGUAAAAGUGUUUGGGAAGGCUAUCCAUGCCCUGUCAAGGAUCGGAGAUGAGCUGUGGUUGGAUCCUAUGGUCAAAGGGGUGAGCAACACUAAAUGUCUGGCUCUGAGAUCAGUGAAUUCUGCUCAUUCAGGGUAUGCCUGCUUCCUCUUCUCACCACUGUUCUUCCAAGAGUACAGCAUGGGGUCGUUACCAGAGCAGGGCGCUGAAGCAGUCCAAUGCAAACUGGUCAUGAAGUCUGUCCUACCACUUUUUCGGUGUCUGACUUCCAUUGAGCGUAAUGUGGAACGUUGCCAGAUAUCCGUCAGCACUCCCAGUGACCGAGUGAUAAUCCAGUUUUUCUGCAGACAUGGUAUCACUAAAACCCACAACAUACACUUCCAGGACAGUGAGGCUCUUCAAGCAGUGUUUGCCCCACACCUCUGUCCUAAUGUGCUGAAGGCUCCUGCUAGGCUUUUAGGUGACAUGGUGAGGCACUUCCCAGUGUUUCAGGAGGAAAUCACUCUGUCCAUGAGUCCACUGAAAGUCAGUCUGAGAAAUCAUUACGAGGAAAGAAAGGGUCAUGUGAGGAUGAUGCACACGGAGAUGUCCUUACACCCAGAUGAGUUUGGGUUCUUUCAGAUCGGAGUGGACUCGGACAUAACCUUCUGCCUGAAGGAGUUGAGGGGUUUCCUAUCCUUUGCAGAGUCACAUUCCCUCCCAGUGUCCAUUCACUUUGAUGCAGCAGGAAAGCCUGUUUGCUUCUCUGUGGAGGACAUGGUCCUUGAGGCCACUGUGGUGCUGGCCACUUUGAUGGAGUCUGAAUUCAGGGGUCCUUCUCAGCCAAAAGAGACCCCAGCUCCCUCUACACCUAGGUUUGCAGAUGCUGCUGCUCUCCAUGUUGAUAAAUGUGAAGGACAGAGCGACAUCCCUCAUGACGUUCCUCAUGUAAUGGAGCUAGUCCCAUCCAGCCAGGGCAGCCCUAUAAUCACCUCUUCUGAUCUGAUGCAUCUCCUGCCUCACAACAACAACCCUACCAGACUCCAUGUAGCUGAUGAAGAAUGUGCCAGUGCCACCGUAACGCCAGCUUCCUCUACGAUCUGCUCCCUUCUUUUCAAAGCCUUAUCCUCAGAGCAUCAUGACGACGAGUUUAGUGCCAGGCUGCCUGUUCUGGCAUGUUACAGUGAUGAUGAAGAAACUCUGGAGGAAGACUAUCCACGAAGCCCUAGACUGUGAACACUGAGCUGUUACAGGUCAUUUGUGAUUUCUGCCAAAAAGGGAGCAACUUAAAUGUUUAGUAGGAUUUUUAAGUCAUUAAUUCCCCUUUCAUUUCAACUUAUUUUAAAGCAUUUCGUUUACUGCACAAAGAUUGUGCCCUUUUCCAUGUUAGAUUUCUCACUAGUGUUAUUCACAAGUGAUUAACUUAUUAUAGUAACUGUUGUAACAUGUAAGGGGAACUAUAACAACCCAUUUAUUAAAACAUUAAUUCAGCAUGAUGCCGCCAUACCUGUUAUGCGAUUGUCUGAAGAAUGUGGGAGUACACGCAUAGUGUACAAAGCAUUCCUAAACUUUAUCGGGCCUGCACUGCAGCUUGAGUUCAGUGAGGUAAACACUGAAUGCAGAGCUAAAUGUGAUAAUGUCUUGAUGGGAAAAUAUAGCCCUAAAGGCAUCCAGCCAGCUGGUGUGGAAGAAAGGCAAAAAACGCCUCUGCAUUGUAUUGUUCAUCACACACUGCAUGGAAGGAAAAAGAAAAAAAAAAAACAGCAGGUGAUGUUUGUCUCAUAGAAAUCAAACACAAGAAGAUAAUA